AUGAAUGCUGAGACUUGUGUGUCUUACUGCGAGUCGCCGGCUGCUGCCAUGGACGCCUACUACAGCCCGGUGUCGCAGAGCCGGGAGGGCUCCUCGCCUUUUAGGGCAUACCCGGGCGGCGAGAAGUUCGGCACAACUUUCCUAUCGGCCGCCGCCAAAGGACAGGGAUUCGGAGACGCCAAGAGCCGGGCCCGCUACGGCGCGGGGCAGCAGGACCUGGCGGCACCCCUGGAGAGCGGCGCCGGGGCGCGGGGCUCCUUUAACAAGUUCCAGCCCCAGCCUCAGCCGCCGGCCCCGCAGCAGCCGCAGCCGCAGCCGCAGCCGCAGCCACAGCCGCCCGCGCAGCAACCGCAUCUCUACUUGCAGCGCGGCGCUUGCAAGACGCCCCCGGACGGCAGCCUCAAAAUCCAGGAAGGCAGCGGCGGCCACAACGCGGCCUUGCAGGUCCCCUGCUACGCCAAAGAGAGCUCGCUGGGUGAGCCAGAGUUACCGCCUGACUCUGACACCGUGGGGAUGGACAGCAGCUACCUCAGUGUGAAGGAGGCUGGUGUGAAGGGGACCCAGGACCGGGCCAGUGCCGACCUCCCCAGCCCGCUGGAUAAGGCCGACUCAGAGAGCAACAAGGGUAAGAAGAGGCGGAACCGAACCACCUUCACCAGCUACCAGCUGGAGGAGCUGGAAAAGGUCUUCCAGAAGACCCACUACCCCGACGUGUACGCACGGGAGCAGCUGGCCAUGAGGACAGACCUCACCGAGGCCCGCGUGCAGGUCUGGUUCCAGAACCGAAGGGCCAAGUGGAGGAAGAGAGAGCGUUUUGGACAGAUGCAGCAGGUCCGAACCCACUUCUCCACCGCCUACGAGCUGCCCCUCCUCACCCGAGCUGAGAAUUACGCCCAGAUUCAGAACCCAUCCUGGAUCGGCAACAAUGGGGCCGCCUCACCGGUGCCAGCCUGCGUGGUCCCCUGCGACCCGGUGCCUGCCUGCAUGUCCCCUCACACCCACCCGCCUGGCUCGGGGACCAGUGGCGUCACCGACUUCCUGAGUGUCUCUGGGGCCGGCGGUCAUGUGGGCCAGACACACAUGGGUGGCCUGUUUGGAGCAGCAGGGCUCAGCCCGGGCCUCAAUGGCUAUGAGCUCAACGGGGAGCCGGACCGCAAGACCUCGAGCAUCGCGGCCCUCCGCAUGAAGGCCAAGGAGCACAGCGCGGCCAUCUCCUGGGCCACAUGA